UUGGCCCCGGGGCCAUCGGGCCAGCGCGGGGGCGGGGGGGCUUUAAAGGCGCGGGUGGCACUUGGGGACAUCCCCGACAGCAUGGCCGCCACCCUGGCACUGCCCGCAGCGCUGCUGGCCGCGCUCCUGGCGCUGGUCUCUCCGUCGCUCACCCCCAUUCACCAGCCGGGUUUCUGCGCCUUUUACGGCGAGUGCGGCCGGAACCCGGAGGUGAACGUGUCCCUGCUGCCCUCCAAGGUUCCCUGCGUGUCCAACAGCCCGGCCCGGGUGGCCUCGGGGCGGCUUCUGUCGCUGCUGCGCUCGGUGUGUCCCGAGCUGGUCCGCGACAAUGGCACCACGCGCGUGUGCUGCAGCUACAGCCAGCUCAGCGCGCUCAGCCUCAGCGUGGGAGUGUCCGGCACGGUCCUGGCGCGGUGUCCGGCGUGCGCCCGCAACUUCGCCAACCUCUACUGCCGCAACAUCUGCAGCCCGGACCAGAGCGUGUUCACCAACAUCACCCGCGUGGCCGAGUACCCCGCGGUGCCCGGUUCCCUGGCCGUGCUGGAGUACCGGGUUUUCUACCGCCGCCGCUACGCCGAGGCCGCCUUCGCUUCGUGCCAGGGCGUGCGGCUGCCGGCCACCGGCGGCUUCGCCAUCGCCACCAUGUGCGGCCGCUACGGCGCGGAGCUGUGCACGGCGCAGCGCUGGUUGGACUUCCAGGGUGACAAGAGCAACGGGCUGGCGCCGCUGCAGAUCGAGUUCGUCCUGCUGCCCGAGGGCUCCGAGCCCGGCCAGGGCAUCGUUCCGCUGGACGCGCCCGCCUGGAGCUGCGACCAAGCUCCGGGCGCCGGGCAGGAGCCGUGUUCGUGCCAGGACUGCGCCCUGGCGUGUCCGCCCGUGGUGCUGCCCGAGGAGCCGCCGCCGUUCCGCGUGGGCCGGAUGGAUGGGGUGCUCUUCAUCUGCCUCCUGCUCUUCGCGCUGCUCGCCCUGGCCUUCCUGGCGGCCGCGCUGUGCCUCCGGGGCGCGGCAGAACCGGCGCCCAAGCGGCGGGCGGGGGGCGGCUGGCAGCGAGCCCUGGAGGGCGCGUUCCGCCGCUGGGGCACCGCCGUGGCCUCGCGGCCCGGGCUGGUGCUGGCCCUGGCCGUGGCGGUGGCCGGAGGGCUCUCGGCCGGGCUGGUGACCCUGCGGCUCACCACGGACCCCGUGGAGCUGUGGUCGGCGCCGGAGAGCCGCGCCCGGCAAGAGAAGGAGUUCCACGACCGCCACUUCGGGCCCUUCCUGCGCACCAACCAGGUGAUCGUGACGGCGCCGGGGCGCCCCGGCCUCACCUACGACUCGGUGCUGUUCGGAUCCAAGAAUUUCAGCGGGGUCCUGGCCGAGGAGGUGCUGCGGGCGCUGCUGGAGCUGCAGGAGACGCUGGCGGCCACCACGGCGUGGGCAGCGGGCUCGGGCAGGAACGUGAGCCUGCGGGAUGUGUGCUACGCGCCGCUGAACCCCGGAGCGCCCCGCGUGGGGGACUGCGCCGUGUCCAGCGUCACGCAGUACUUCCAGAACAACCGCAGCCGCCUGGAGCUCACCGCCCGCGAGGAGAACGGCAAGGAGCAGGGCACGGUGGACUGGCACGAUCACCUCAUCUACUGCGCCAACUCCCCGCUCUCGUUCAAGGACAUCACGGCGCUGGAGCUGAGCUGCAUGGCCGAGUACGGCGGGCCCGUGUUCCCCUACAUCGCCCUGGGCGGCUACCGCGAGUCGGAGUACACGGAGGCCGAGGCUCUGAUUGUCACCUACUCGCUGAACAACUUCCCGCGGGGGGACCCGCGCCUCGAGUGGGCGCUGAGCUGGGAGCGCCGCUUCCUGCAGGUGGUGCGCGACUUCCAGCGCCAGCACCGCCACAACCUCUCGGUCACCUUCAUGGCCGAGCGCUCUCUGGAGGACGAGAUCAACCGCACGAGCGGGGAGGACAUCCCGGUGUUCGCCACCAGUUACCUGCUGGUCUUCGUCUACAUCGCGCUGGCCCUGGGCGAGUACACGGCCUGGCGGAGGGUCCUGGUGGAGUCGAAGGUGACGCUGGCGCUCGGUGGCAUCGCCGUGGUGCUGGGGGCCGUGCUGGCCUCCAUGGGGCUGCUGUCGCUGCUGGGGCUGCCCUCGUCCCUCAUCAUCCUCGAGGUCGUGCCCUUCCUCGUGCUGGCCGUGGGCGCCGACAACAUCUUCAUCUUCGUGCAGGAGCUGCAGCAGUCGCAGCGGGAGCCGGGCGAGACGCGGGAGCAGCAGCUGGGGCGGGUGCUGGCACAGGUGGCCCCCAGCAUGCUGCUCUGCAGCCUCUCCGAGAGCGUCUGCUUCCUCCUCGGUGCCCUCUCGUCCAUGCCCGCCGUUCGCACCUUCGCCCUGACGGCCGCGCUCGCCAUCGCCUUCGAUUUCCUGCUGCAGAUGUCGGGGUUCGUGGCGCUGGUGGCGCUGGACAGGCGGCGACAGGAGGCCGGGCGCUUUGACCUCUGCUGCUGCUGCGGGACGGGCAAGGGGGGCCCGCCCGGGGAGGGGGCGCGGCUGCUGCGCCCCCUCCUCCAGCGCUACUACAGCCCCACCCUGCUGCACCCCAUCGUGCGGCCCGCCGUGGUGCUGCUGUUCCUGUUCCUGGCCUGCGCCGGGCUCUUCCUGCUCUUCCAGGUGUCCGUGGGGCUGGACCAGGAGCUGGCCCUGCCCGAGGACUCGUACCUGCUCCCGUACUUCUCGGACCUCAACCAGUACCUGUCCGUGGGUGUCCCCACCUACUUUGUCACCACCGGUGGCUUCGACUUCUCCUCCCCCAACGGCACCAACGCCAUCUGCUCCAGCGCCGGCUGCGACGACGACUCGCUCACCCAGACCAUCCAGAUGGCCACGCGCUUCCCCAACGUGUCCUACCUGGCCAUCCCGGCCACCUCGUGGGUGGACGAUUUCCUGGACUGGCUGAACCCCAUGGGGCCGUGCUGCCGCGUCUACGAGUGUCAGGAGCUCCAGGGCGAGUUCUGCCCGGCCACCGGCAGUGACCCGAACUGCUCGUGUGAGAAGUGCCUGGGCCAGGUGCGGCGCCCCACGGCCCAGGAGUUCCAGAACUUUCUGCCCUGGUUCCUGCAGGACCGGCCCACCCUGCAGUGUGCCAAGGGUGGCCUGGGGGCCUAUGACACCGCCGUGAGCAUGGACGCCAACGGCACCAUCCUGGCGUCCCGGUUCAUGGCGUACCAGCGGCCGCUGCGAACAUCCCAGGAUUUCACCGCCGCGCUGCGCUCCGCCCGCGUGGCCGAGCGCAUCACCCGCACCCUGCGCAGGGUCCCCGGCACCGACCCCGCCUUCCGCGUCUUCCCCUACACGGUGACAUACGUGUACUACGAGCAGUACCUGACGGUGGUGUACGAGGGGUUGGUGACGCUGGCACUGUGCCUGGUGCCCACCUUCGCCGUGUUUCUGCUGCUGGGGCUGGACCUGCGCUCCAGCCUGGCCACGCUGCUGACCAGCAUGGUGCUGCUGGACACCGUGGGCUUCAUGGCGCUCUGGGGCGUGCCCUACAACGCCGUGGCACUCAUCAACCUGGUGGCGGCCGUGGGCAUCUCGGUGGAGUUCGUGUCCCACAUCACCUGCGCCUUCGCCCGCAGCCGCCAGCCCACGCGGGUGGCACGAGCCGCUGAGGCCACUGUCACCAUGGGCAGCAAGGUGGUGGCGGGGGUGGCCAUGACCAACCUGCCGGGCGUGGUGGUGCUGGCGUUCGCCAAGGCGCGGCUCAUCCAGAUCUUCUUCUUCCGCCUCAACCUCAUCAUCACCCUGGUGGGGCUGGCGCACGGCCUCGUCUUCCUGCCCGUGCUGCUCAGCUACAUCGGGCCCAGGCUGCGGGUGCCACUGCACGAGGACACGCCGGGGGACGCGGCGCAGAAAGGGCUGGGCCUUGGCAACCCCUGCUUCAAGGACAGCGACAUGGAGAUGGGCAAGGGUGACAAGGGCAAGGACAAGGACAUGGAGAUGGGAAAGGGUGACAAGGACAAGGACAUGGAGAUGGGAAAGGGUGGCAAGGACAAGGACAAGGACAUGGAGAUGGGAAAGGGUGACAAGGACAAGGACAUGGAGAUGGGAAAGGGUGGCAAGGACAAGGACAUGGGCAAGGACAUUGGCAAGGGUGGCAAGGGCAAGGACAUGGGCAAGGACAAGGGCAAGGGUGGCAAGGACAAGGACAAGAAGAAGGACAAGAAGAACAAGAACAGGGGCAAAAACAAGGACAAAGACAAGGACACAGACAUGGACAUGGACACGGACACGGACACAGGCAGGGACAUGGACACGGACAUGGACAUGGACACGGACACAGGCAGGGACACGGACACGGGCACAGACAUGGACAUGGGCACAAACAUGGACAUGGGCACAAACACGGACACAAACACGGACAUGGACACAAACACGGACACGGGCAUGGACACGGGCAUGGUGUCCGAAGAGUACUGA